CCGGUUGGUACACGGUCAUGGAGCCACUACAGCCAGGAUCCGCUUUCAUGGCCUUAAACUGAGGAGCUUUUGAAAAUGAAAAGACGAAGGGAUUAACGAGUUCUGGCACUGUAUUUGUGAAGGUCGUGAUGUCUAGACUGGCUGUAGUGUGCGGGGGUUCGCGUGGCAUUGGGCGAGCAGUUUCUCAGCUGUUAGCACUGAGGGGUCAUAGGGUUGUGGUAUUGUCUAGGAAUAAAGAGGCUGCACAGGUCACAGCUGUAUCUCUCCCUGGAGAAAACCAUUUGGGUCUAAGCUGUGAUGUCUCUAAAGAAGAAGAUGUUCAGAGAGCAUUUGAGACCAUCAGUAAGACCUGUGGCACUGUGGGAUACCUGGUUAACGCUGCUGGCAUCAACAGAGAUGCAUUGUUAUUGAGGAGUAAAUCUGAAGACAUGCUCUCUGUUCUUCACACUAACCUGCUGGGCUCAAUGCUGACCUGCAGAGGCGCUCUACGGAGCAUGCUCAGUCACGGAGGAGCUAUUGUCAACAUAGGCUCUGUGGUGGGUGUGAAGGGUAACUCUGGUCAGUGUGUGUACAGUGCCAGUAAAGCCGGACUGGAAGGAUUCACACGCUCACUGGCAAAGGAAGUUGCUACCCGGAAUAUACGAGUGAACUUAUUGGCUCCAGGAUUCAUUCGGACGGACAUGACGGCAGGGCUGGAGAAGGAAGACGCGGUGAGAAGGAUUCCACUAGGCCGUUUUGGGGAACCUGCAGAGGUGGCCAACUCUGUCCUUUUCCUCCUGGAGUCUCCUUAUAUCACAGGACAGCUUCUGCUCGUGGAUGGAGGACUACAGCUGGCACUGUGAUGAUUUCUGCUAGCAAAGAAUGCGAGCCAACUGCAUAUUUUUGUUAUGCUGAUAAUGUCAGAUCUUGAUAUUGUUAAUCAGCUCCUCAUCACUCUGUGGAGUCACACAUACAGCAUCAUUGUGUAAGAGCUGGAUUGGAUUAAGGUUAUUUUUAGUUCACUGGAGUUUUUUGGUUAUGGUUCAUGCUCCAUACUUAGGAUGGCACGGGUCAACAUGUGGAGGAUAUGACUCGCUUUGUGAUUUCAUUUCAGCAUUUAAAUAAGCUGUGCUGCAUUACACUUACAGAACCCCUAACUCAUAAAAAAUAUUUAUUAAUUUAAAAUGUAUUAAAUCUUGGCCUUUUCAUCAUCAUAAAAAUACAGAUUACCAAGAAAACUAAGUCAGCGAUGAGAGAUGUUUUUGCCAACAGCAACUGGACUCAAGCCAAACUCAAUUUCAGAGACGUUUAUUUAUUGUACUAUUCAUAAACCAGAAGAGAAUAAGGAGAACAGUCUGUAUACAGGCACAGGUUGGCUUGGAGAACAGAAAAUAUUGCAAAGUAAGAACCUCCUAAAAUCUGUCUAUUUGUAGGAUAAACAGCUGUGCAAGAAAAAAAACAUAUGCAAAUCAUAGGCUUACAUGUGUAUAUUGUUAUGCUAUAUUAUUUUGUAUAUACGUUGCAAAGGUGUGUUAGAUGAUGGCUAAACUAUUUGAACUGAGUAUUUGAUACUCGACUGAUCAAAGCUAAUAUCAUUACGAAUGCAUUACAGAGAAAGGAAUAUGUUUGAGUUACUUAAAAAGCCAAUGAAAUAUAAAAA